AGUUGUGCAAGAGAAAGGUGCUGUAUCACAAUGAUGGGAGGACUAGCUGCUUUGAUUCUUCUCAGGACAUUGUCUUUGAUGCAAACCGCAGAGUUUCCUCACUUGAUGUCUUUGACUGUGGUUGAACUUGGGGAUAAUUUGACCCUUACAUGUCCAGUCGUUCGGGAGGAAGUCGGGUUGUUUUACUGGUAUAAGCUGAGUUUUGGAUAUAUGGUCCAAACAGUUGCUGCAGGAACAUUUGAUGAAAUUGUAUUUAAAGGACAAUUUGACAACCCAAGAUUCAAAGUCACAAAAGUGGAUGCCCUGUAUUCUCUUGUAAUACGGAAUGUAAGCAAAGAUGAUGAAGCUACAUACUUCUGUCAAGCAGGAACGGCAUAUACAAUGAAAGUUAUAAAUGGCACAGUUUUGGCUGUGAAUGAUCAGAAGAAUCGGCAGAAAAAGGUGUAUGUAAAACAAAGUCCAGAGACAGCAUCGGUCCGCUUGGGAGAAUCAACGAGUCUCCAGUGUUCACUUCUCUCCAGGAACAAUGAAACGAGAGUCCAGUGUCCGGGUGAACACAGUGUGCACUGGUUCAGAGCUGGAUCAGGACAAUUUGAUCCAGGCAUCAUUUACACUCAGAGGAACAGGAGUGAUGAACAAGAGGGAAGGAGCUGUGCCUACAGUUUAUCCAAAACUAUACAGGACUCCUCUGAUACUGGGACCUACUACUGUGCUGUGGUCACAUGUGGAGAGAUCCUGUUUGGUCAAGGAACUAAAGUGGAGACAAGACAAAAACUGUGCCCAUCUGUCAUUGUGCUUGUGACACUGCUGCCCUGCUGUGUCAUCGUGAUUGCCGCUCUAAUUCUCUCCAGAAAGCAGAGGCCUGUUUGUGAACAUUGCAAAGGAGAAGUAACUGCUUCCAAUCGUGCUGAAAAUGACAGACCAGCUGAGGAUCAACCCAGUUGUGUGGAAGGUGAAGCGGUGGAACUGAACUAUGUUGCGCUGGAUUUCGCCUCGAGAAAAGCUAAACGAUGGAAGAAUAACAGGGAGUUAACACAGGACUACAUAUACUCGGGCAUGAGAGACUGUCAGUGAAGUGCUGUCCCCAUGAAGAAGAAAUAACUGAUGUGUACAUUGUCACAUAAAUGACUCCUGUUCAGGUGAUUGAAAGGAGAUGUGGACAGUUUUUUGCUGUAAUGUUAUUGUUAAUAGCAUUAUUACACAGAUUAGUUUAGGAUUGAGAGAGCACUUACGUUUUGAUGUGACGGUGCCAAUUUGAACCAAAAGUGAUAUAUUUAUUAUUAUUUGUGAUCUUCUUCUCAUUAUUGCUUGAUCUUGAUUAAUAACUCAAAAUCUGAAUGAAAUAUGGAUAAUGUAAGUAACCUUUACUGCCAUUAAAGAGUAAAUCCCUGUUCUAUAUUCUUUAUAUUAUGAUAUUAGACAUUUUUAUGUAUAAUCCAGUAAUUGGUUGAUGCUUGAGGGGCCAAGAACCAGAACUGAUCUUGGAUCUUGGAUGUCUGUUCUAAGCAAAACAAAAGAAAAAAAAACAUGACGGAG